AUGCGCACAACAACACUCCUCUCAGGGCUUUGCGCCGCCCUAACAGUCUACGCCGCCCCGCAAAGCGCCCAACUCUCCAUCCAACCCAUCUCCUCCAAACCCCAAGCACCACUCCCAUUCGCCUCCAUAUCCUACGACCUCGCCUCCCCCGACGCCUCUACCAUAACGGCCUACGACGCGCCCGACAUCCCAGACUCGUCGUCCCUCGUCCGCAUCGGCAUCUACGACGCCAAGACCAAGUCGUGGCUGUCCGGGACGACGGUCGCCUCCACGGAGAACUUUGCAAAGGGCUAUUCUCCCACGAUUACGGUAUCCGUCAAUGGGCGAGGGGAUGUGGUGAGCGCUGCUUUGAAGGGUGUGCAGAUUGAUGCUGGGCAGACCAGGGAUUUUGGUCCCAAGGUUGUGCUGGUGACGGAGGGGAAGGGCGCGCAGCCGGUGUUGAACAAGCCGGUUGUGGUGUCUAAGGAGGGGAAGAAGGUUGAGGAGGAGGCGGAGAAGUCGUUUUUGCAAAAGUACUGGUGGAUGAUUGGUAUUGCUGUGUUUAUAGCGUUGAGUGGUGGUGGCGGAGAGCAGGGGAAGUAG